CUAAUCAGAUAACAGUUGUUUGUCAACUUUUACUUCCUUGUCAAUAACAAGAAGUAUUUUAUUUGGAUGGAAAUGGCAGUACCAAUAAAUGAUAAAGAGGAUGGAGAUGAGGGCAUUAUUAGGGACGUAAUGCAUCUUGAGAUAGACAACUCAAAUAUACAAAAUGGCCAGUUUAAAGACGAUGAGAAUACACCAACGUCAACCACAAGCAAAGAUGAUACAGAGAAAACUUUAAAUAAACAGCAAAUACUGAAAGCCAACUAUGCAGCAGCUGUUACAAUACUUAGCUGUGUUAUGGCUUCUAUCAAAACAUUUCAAAACGAAUUCACGGAGUCAUUACAAAAUACGGAAAGUUAUUUGUCAUGUUAUAAAAAGAGGACUAAAAACAUGAAGCUAAAUAUGCCAAAAGAGGACUAUUUCAUUCCAAAAAGUAAUGCAUGGCUUCACAGAUUUGUGAGAUCAUUUCAUUUUUACCCAAAAACGUUUUUGAAGACAUAUGUAUUGAACCCUGAGGAAUAUAAUAAAUUUGUCGAUGGACAGAAAUCAAAACAUUCAAGUAGUUCAAAAGAAGCUAUGCAAUUUGAGUGGAGUAGAUUAUCAAGUUUCGCAUCGUAUCCAAAAACAUGUCAUUCAGUGAUAAAACUUGCCGGAGCUGGCUUUUACUAUGACGGAAACGGAGACGAAGUUACCUGCUAUAUUUGUGGUUUAAAACAUAAAGAUUGGAAACCAACAGAUGAUCCAAAACAAAUUCAUAAGCGAAACGCACCCAAAUGUCUAUUUGUUAUACAAAAUUUAAGUGAAAUUUCAGAGGAAGAUGAUGUGCGGACUUUUUCUACAUAUGGUGGAUAUGCAUCAUCUGGAGGCGCAUGUGGAAACGCUGCAGAUUCCGAAAAUUUGUCAGUGGUCAGUGAGAAUCAUUAUGGCUCUGUAAAAGAACAACAUGCAAAUGAAGCAAGAGCUCAUCAUGAAAAUACUUUUAAAGUUGACAGAAGCCAGGAAAAUUCUGUUACAGUUGACAGGAAUCGUAUUAAUACUAUUACAGAUGACAGGAAUCGUGAAAAUACUGUUACGGAUGACAGUAAUCGUGAAAAUACUGUUACGGAUGACAGGAACCGUGAACAUACUGUUACAGUUGAUAGGAAUCAUGAAAAUACUGUUACAGUUGACAGGAAUAUAACGUCAUCUCGAAAUAGUGAAUUAACAGAAAACCAAAUGAAAAAUGAAUCUGCUAGGCAGAGGGAGAGCACUGAAACCGUUUCAUCACAGAUAAGAACGAACCAGACGCAAACCUUUUACUCCAGAAACAACACAACUGGUCUCAUUCGUAUACCAGCGACAAACGUUGCCCCAAAACGAACAUCAACACAUGCAGUUGAAAAUACGGCGCGAUCUUCGGCUACAAACACGACAUCAAUGAACAUCGGCAUUUGUCUUGAAAAACCCAAAUAUCCUAAAUAUGCUAUAAAGACAACUCGAUUGUCAUCAUUUGAUAACUGGCCUUUAUACCUGUCUCAAACACCAGAGGAACUGGUUAAUGCAGGUUUAUUUUAUACCGGUACCGAGGAUCAUUGCAGAUGCUUUUUCUGUGGAGGAGGUCUAAGACGAUGGGAGGAAGGGGAUUUGCCUUGGACAGAACAUGCUCGGUGGUAUCCUAAGUGUCCAUUUAUCAUACAGUGUAAGGGGGAGAAGUUCAUUGAGGAUGUACAUCAAGGAAAAAAUCCGGAAAUUGCUGAAAAUGAUGCUGAAAAAGAACCGAAACAAUCACCUAGUGGAUUAAAUGGUUAUACUAAUAACCCAGCAGUACAAACCAUUCUUGACUUUGAAUACGAAUGUGCAGUUGUAAAGACAGCCUAUACAAGAUUGAAAGAAUCCGGAAUACAUAAUAUUACGGCGUCACUAUUAUUAGAAACCAUUUGUGAAAAAGAAGAUAGUGAAAAUCACCAUUCCUCUUCUGAUCAGACAAUUGCUAGUCAUAAUACAACACAGGAAAAAGAAGCAGACGAUAAAGAACAUUGCAACAAAACACCAAAAAACAUUGAGAAAAUUGACCCAACACUUGAAUUAUCUAUCAGGAGUUUGGAAGAGGAGAACAGGAAUUUAAAAGAUCAGCAAACCUGUAAAAUUUGUCUGGACGAACCGGUGACCAUCGUUUUUCUCCCAUGUGGUCACAUGGCUGCAUGCAUCAAUUGUGCUCCAGCUUUGAGAAGAUGUCCAAUCUGCAGAGCUUUUAUCAAAGGAACUGUCAAAGCUAUAAUGUGCUGAAAGGUUUCCAGAAUACUUUGAAAUUUGUAUGAAUUAAAAAACGGUUAGGAAUAAUGUUAAUUUCUAAUUCAAAUGUCGAAAUUUACUGAUGACUUCUCAAAUACAGACGUAUAAGGGAUAUAAUUGAAAAAAAAGCUUUGAAGAUUCAGGAAAUAUGGAAAAAAUGGAAAGUGUGAGAGAAGAUAUCAAAUACAAAAAAUCUUGGAAUUAACAUGCAUUAUGAUGAGAAAGCUGUUGUUUUUCGCUAUUUUUUACUUUCUGUGUGGUUAUAAAAGUCUAUAAUACAUUACAUUAUAUAUUGUUAGUUCCUUUUGUCAUACAUGUUUUGUACUCAUAAUUGUGUUAUCAUUCUUACACUGUAUAUCAAUAUAUAAAUAUAAACGUAAAUUGUCCUCCUUUAGAACAGACAACAUAAAUGCUUUUAAAUAAAAAUUCUGAAAGAAUAGGGCUUAUACUGUUCUCAAACCCAAAAUGUUUAUAAUUUAUUCAAAUUAAGAGUUAUCUUUGUUAUAUUUUUAUGUUUAGUUACUGUUAAAAGUUUUAAUUUUAUAUUAUGUUAUUUUUACUCAAUAAAAUCACUUGUACUCAU